AAAAACAAUCAAUAAACAACACUUUCCGUUUUCUGUUCGCUAUUACAGAUUCGUAAGAAUGCGCGUUGGCAAUAGCUGUAACGCUGAAGCCGGCCUCUCUGACCUCGCCGCCGGAGAACACCCGGACUGCGAUGGCGGCGGCGGAAGCACCGAGGGCAUCAGCCUCUUCCGCGGAGGACAGGCUCCUGCAGUCCCUCGCGGACCGGGGGUGGCGCUUCCGCGACCCCACCGACGAGGCCAUCCAGGCCCUGCUCCUCGCCUCCCCCACGCCGUCGCCGGAGGCCGUGGAGUCGGAGCUCGCUGACAUGGACUUGAGGACGUUCGGCGGCAAGUCCCUACCGGACCGUGCCACCACUGCCGCCACGGCGAAGCGGCUCUCGUACGUCCACGGCCCCAUCGUUCUCCAGGUAGUCUCUGUAAGAGAUAUAUAUCGCAGCAGCAUUGAUGCCUCCUUCAAGAACCCACAGCAGCGUCGUCUUCUGCGCUUUGGUCUCACUGAUGGGAUAUGUGAAGCUGUUGCCAUAGAGUUUUCUCCUAUUCCAUUCAUCACUGAAGAGAUAGCUCCAGGUACCAAGAUUUGCCUUGAAAAUAAGAUUCCAAUCAAUAAUGGCAUAUUGUGCUUAAGCAUGAAAAAUGUGAGUGUCAUUGGGGGUACUGUCCAAUCACUGUAUGAAGAGUGGCAGAUGAACCAGAAAUAUUCUGGCUUAUCUCGUCCAUCCUUGAGGUUGUCUCAAAGUGAUGAUGGAGCUGGACCUCCACCAUUUGAGAAGUUAGAUAUUGAAGCACCUCCCUGCAGGACAACCAAAGUUCAAGCAUAUCCUGCUAGGAAGUUGGCAGUUGCUCAUGACCAUGCGCCAGUUAAUUCUGGUGGCAAACCAAUGAAUGAGGUUUCGAAUGACGUGAACAAAGACACCACAAAAAGCAAGCUUGAAUCUAAGCAAAUUACUCAAGAUACCAGACCAAAAGAAGUCAGCGAAACUGUUCCUGUUCAAAACCAAGCUGCUGCACAGAAGCUACUGCAGAAAAUGUCACAGGCUGUGCCUGAAGACAGGCGUGGUCGGGGUCAUAGAUUCAAGGGCAAAGGUAGGGAAGAAGAUGCUCAGGUUUUUACACUUGAUGAAUGGGAGAAGAGGAAGGCCAUUGGUUCAAAGUCCACUGCAGAAAGUUAUAUGCAAGACACUAGCCGAGAUGAGGAGUUGGCAAGGCAACUGCAGGAAGAACUUGACCUAGAAGAUAUGCAUGGUGGGGCAGAUGUUUUCCAUGGUGGGGCAGAGAGUUCGGAUGCUGAACGUUUACGGAUGAGCAUGUUCAGCUUCAAUGGCCCUGAUGAAGCAGGUGGUGGUAGAAGAGACUUUGGAGGACGGGGGCGGGGCAGGGGAAGGGGCCGAGGCCGAGGUAGGGCCAGGGGAAGAUUUUAGUCCAAUAACAGAAUUCUAGGUUUGUAGGUUUGUUGUGUGUAGGGGUAACAGUGGUAUGAUGAUGUUUUCAAAUCAUGUUCUCAUCAUCUCUUGCUUGAUGGGUCAUCAACAAUCUACGCUUCCCUGGAAAAUUUUGUUUUAUUCUUAGGUGCCGGGAACGGAUACAUGGUUUGGAGAACGAAUUCAAGUCCAAAUUUUCCAUGAUACUUGAUCUUCUGUUUAUUUGAUGGCUACUAGUA